UUCCUACCUCUUUCUACCCUUCUCUUUUUCACUCUUUUCUUCAUCCUCUGCCUUUCUUUCCUUCCUAUCAUCUCCUUCAUCUUUUUCAUUUCUCACAACCACACUAAUUAAUCGAGAUGAAAAACGAGAAUGAGAGUGUGAGUGUGAGUGAGAAUGAGAAUAAGAGCGAGAAUGAGUUUGAGAAUGAGAGUGUGAGUGAGGGUGAGAGUGAGAGUGAGAUUGAGAAUGACAGUGUGAGUGAGAAUGAGAGUGUGAGCGAGAAUGGGAAUGAGAUUCAGCAUCCUUUUCAUGAGGAACAUCCCUUGGUGUUAGUGGCAGAGCAAAGCAAUGAAGGUCUCAAAGCUCACUGCGAUGGAUGUGGGGAACUGCUUUCAGCUCCAUGCUUCACUUGUAUUCGUUGCAAUUAUCACCUUCACAAGCAAUGUGCAGAGGCACCCCUUGAAAUUCCUAAUCACCCUCUCCAUCCCAAGCACUCAAGCAAAGGUUUUUUUCUUCGACAAAGGCCAUACUUCGAUGAUCGCGAGGUAUAUGGUUGUGCAUUAUGCAAGGAAAAAUGUAACAUGUUUUUUUAUGAAUGUUUUUCUUGUUAUUUUUCCAUUGACAUCAAAUGUGCUCAAUUAUCUUCUUCAUUUAAGUUUAGCCAACUGUCCAAACAUGACAUCCACCAACAUCCAUUGACCUUCAUAGAAAGUCCCAUGGCCAUAGAUGUACUCAAAAGAUUGAACUGCUGCUGGUGUCAUGAACCAUUGACAGAUGCUAUAUAUCUUUGUCCUGACUGUCCAUCAUUCAUCAUUCACAAGAAAUGCCUUGAUGAGUUACCCACUAAAAUUGAUCACCUUACACAUCGCUUACACCCUCUUAUUCUUAACCGUAGUGAUAGUGAUUACUUGUGCAACCCAUGCCAAAAGCAACAUUCCGGACCUUUUUACAGUUGUUCUCUUUGCCAUUUUAGCAUCAAUGUUGAAUGUGCUUGGCCGAGGUCUACUGUUGAAGAUAGAAAUUGUCAUCAGCAUCCAUUCACCUUACUUAGCAGACAAGAUUCAUUCAAUUGUGAUGCAUGUGGCACUGAAGGAAAUUAUAUUUCAUAUAUAUGUUCAACAUGCAGCCUCAUGGUCCAUAAGGAUUGCACUUCACUCCCACGCAUCAUCAAGUUUUCUCGACAUGAUCACUGCAUUUUUCACAAACAUUUUCUUCAAACACGAGAGCUUACAAGGCAUGAUUGCAAGAUUUGUUUCAAUGAAGUAAAACUAGAUCGUGGGAGUUACUCUUGUAGGAAGCCAGGUUGCAAUUACGUUGUCCAUGUGAAUUGUGUCUUAGAGGAUGAAAGGUUGUACAAGGUAAUUGAGGAAGAAAAGCAAUGGGAGGAGCUUGAAGAAAAAUCUAUGCAGUCUUCCAUCAUUCGUGUUAUUGAGGUGAAUGAAGCUGGGGAAGCUACAAAGAUUCAACAUUUUAAUCAUCAGCAUUGCUUGGUGUUAAUAUACAAGAUGGAGGAGGAAAUUGAUAGAAAAUGUGAUGGGUGCAUGCUACCUAUCUCAAAUAUUUUCUAUUAUUGUUCAGAAUGCCCCUUUUUUCUUCAUAAAACCUGUGCUGAAUUGCCACGAAUCAAGCAACAUUGGUUUCGUCAAAGCAAUGCCACCCUCAAUUUCAACAGCUUCAAGCAAUGUGACUUUUGCUAUCGAGAUUGUAGUGGUUUCUUCUACAAAAUUGAAAAAAUUUGGAACAUGUGCUCAAGGUGUGCUAAAGUUGCUGAUUUCAUUGAAUGUGAAGGACACCAACACUUUCUCUUUUUUGAUUUCAAAUACAGGGAGAAAUGUAAUGGUUGUGGCGCUGAUAUCUACAGAGGUGCAUUCAGAUGUGGAAAGUGCAGAUUUGCUUUGGAUUUUGGAUGCUUAACAUUACCACAUUCAGCUCUUCACAAAAUUGAUGAACACAAGCUAAAGCUUACUUAUCAUGAUGAUAAGGAGCAAAGUUAUUGUGAUAUUUGUGAGCAAUAUAGAGAUCCAAGCCUUUGGUAUUAUUCUUGUUCAAUCUGUGAUACUUCUGCUCAUCCCGAAUGUGUUCUUGGACAAUUUCCAUUUCUCAAGGAUGGGAGCACAGUUGCUUUUUAUAAACACAGCCAUGGUCACCAUCUUAAAUUUUUUAGGAAGGUUGAGGGCUUCCCUGAAUGUUCUAAGUGUGAUAAGUUUUGCCAAGAAGAAAUUUUCAAAUGUAAAGAGUCUACAUGCAACUAUAUUGCCCAUUGCAAAUGUCUGGAUUUCUACAUUUAAAGCUUUGUGAUGUGCUUUGCUCAAAUGGAAAGCACUAAAGGUUUUAUCCGAUCCAAAGAGUUCACAAGGGAUCAAAGGUCAUGUGCGGGAUAGACAAUUGGAUCAUUCUGAGAAAAUGGCAUAUAAUGAUACUCGGUCUAGUGACAGAAGAUCGCGUGGAGAUGGCCGACGUUGAUGGUUGUGGCAGCAUACUGGCUGCAAGUACGAAAUGGAACCACUUCAAAUUGUCUCCAGGCUUUUCGAAGGCGGGUGUCCUUUUUUCUGAAUGUUGUUGAAAUUGAAUGUUCUUUUUGUGCUUGUGUUUUGUUUCCCCAUCUUCCUUUCAUUUCCGUUGGUACUUGGUAAGGGAGUUUUUCAUAUUCUGACUAAUGAAUAAGCCAUGUGUAUGUUUGGAGGAAGUAGUAGUAUUUAUAAUGGCUUUUUGGUUGCAUGUCCAAACUUGUUCUUCUUUAAUGUAUAUUUGGUAUUUGUCA